AUGACCUCUUCUGCUGCCGCUCCCGUUUCCACCGCUGCUUGCCAGGCUUCUUACAACUCUUGCCGCACCGCCCCUGAUGCCAACAUGGCCUUCUGCGCUUCCCAGUUCGCUGGCUGCCUUCAGGAGAACCCCUUCGCCAGCAACGGCACUAACACCGUCACUGCUGCUGCUUCCGGCGGUGUUGUCUACACCACCCAGGUCGUUACUGCAUUGACCACCGUUUGCCCUGCUCCCACCGCCGGUGCCUACGUUACCACUCUCGGCAAGAACGUCUACACUGUCAGCAGUGCUACCACCAUCACCGUCACUGACUGCCCUUGCACCAUCUCCAAGCCCGUCACCUCGGCUCCUGCUGCUUCUGCUUGCGCUACUCAGCUCUUCGAUGGUUGCAACCCUGCCAGAUCCGCCUGCCCCAACGGCCCCGGAUCCUACAUCACCGUCACCCCCUCCACCUACCCUACCAGCUACGUCGUGAACGGCCAGACCGUCUCCUUCACCGCUGCCCCCACUUCAUGCCUUCCCUCUUCCGCCGCCACCACCAACGGUGUCAUGACCCCUUCUGCCGGCGGUAACAAGAACGGCACCGCCUCUGCCACCAAGCCUGCUGUCUACACCGGUGCUGCUGCUCAGUUCGGUGCCGGUUUCGGUUUCCUCGGUGCCGCUGCUGGUGCCGUUAUGCUUCUUUAA